ACUGCCUGUCGCUCAAACCACUUAAAAAUUUUCAGAUUCACCAUGAACGUAGCCUUGGUCACGCUCUUAUUCAGCGCAGUCGCAAUAACGAGCUCAUCAGGGACGUCACUGUUAAGCUGCUCUUCGUUCACGUGCACUCCGGACUACUGUGAACAACGGCAGUGCCCCUGCGGAUCCUACAAGGACCACUGCGGAUGCUGCGACCUUUGCUAUCAGUGCCCGGGCGACCAGUGCAACCCGUGGCUUCUCAUCAUCUGCUCCGAGAACCACGAGUGCGUCCGAGACGACCCUGGCAUGCCGUUCGAAAUGGGUGCAAUAGGACACUGCGCACCUAUCAACGCCACUGAGGCCUCACAUAUUUCUUAAUAAAGGUCACGUGAUCCCUUAUGCUUUUGCGUAAGACGACUGGAAA